UACCUCCAUCCAUCCUUUUGGCUUUGUUGGUUUAGAAAUAAGAAAAAUGACAAUAUCUGAAGUUAUAUCUAUAAAAAUAGCUUUUUCUGAUGUAAUAUAAAUAGUUACCACAAACUAUUCUAAUUUUUGUUGGCCACAGUUUUAGAAUAACUUUUGCAUGAAGGCCAUAAAAAAACAUAAAACUAAGAAUAAAUAAUUAGAAGCAGAAGGAAAAAAGUAUAAAUAAUUAGAAACAACUUAUGACAACCUUCCGAUGAAAUCGACGUGCAUGCUAUGAGCAAGUUUGACGAGCAUAAUAAUUCUUGGAUUAUGCCUUCCCCACAAAGAAUAUUUGGCAAGUACCAGGUUUUUUCCAAUCCUCGUAUCUGCUUCAUUCCCGGACAGAACGCCGUCUCAUGGAUGCAAACACGUUCAAUUAAAACUUGUUUCAGAUAUCGCAAACAAAGAUCGAGAUCCGUUAACAAACGCAUCUCAGCAAAGAUAUCUUAUAUCUUAGAUGGAGUCAGGCCUGCAACUUUGCCACCCAAGCCACAGACCUCUCUCUUGUGCUCACUUGCCAGCUGUAGCGAACAAGGCCAUCAAGUUAGCGCCUAUGAGCUGCUUGAUGAAAUGCUUGUACCAGACUACAAAUCAUGUAAUACCAUGAUCAAGAACUACACCACCGACCACCAAUACCUCAAGGCACUGUCAGUAUUCAAAUGGAUGCAGAACGCCAGAUUGAGACCAGAUAGCUUUGCGCUUGCAGCGGUUGUGAAAUCCUCGGGGGCAAUACAUGAUGCUGGACUUGGAGCAACACUCCAUGCAUUUGCUGUUAGGGGAGGUUUUUUGACAUUUGUGGCAGUCGAGAAGGCGCUAAUGGACAUGUAUGCUAGAUUUGACAUGCUGAGUGAGUCUUGUCAGGUUUUCAGGGAGAUGCGUUGGAGAGAUUCGGUCGCUUGGAACGUCCUAUUGUCGGGCUAUGCUCGUGCCCGGCUUUAUGGUGAUGCAAUGGAUUUGUUCCAUGCAAUGGGUGAUGAGGAAGUUAAGCCUACUGCAGUAACCAUGGCAGUCAUUCUUCCCAUUUGCGCAAAACUAAAAAUUCUGAAGGCGGGGCAAAGCGUCCAUGCUUUUGUUAUCAAGAUGGGAUUGGAUUCAGAUACUCUAGUCGGAAAUGCACUUAUAUCGAUGUAUGCGAAGUGUGGUAGUAUCAUUAAUGAUGCCUUUAGGACAUUCUGUCUCAUUGCUUGGAAGGAUGUUAUCUCAUGGAAUUCAAUGAUUGCUGGGUACUGCGAUGGUAGUUUCUUUGGUGAAGCCUUUGAAUUGUUUUGUCGGAUGCUAUUGUCAGGUUGGCAGCCUAAUUAUGCUACAGUUGCUAAUAUUCUUCCCAUCUGUGCAUCUGUGGAAGAUGGGUGGUGCUAUGGAAGAGAACUCCAUUGUUAUGCACUGCGGUGUGGCUUGGAGGUGGAACUUGCUGUCUGUAAUGCACUUUUGACUCAUUACUCGAAGGUGGGAGACAUGAAAGCAGUUGAAUCGAUCUUCAAGCAAAUGCAUUCAAGGGAUUUAGUAACAUGGAACACUGUAAUUGCUGGGUAUGCUUUGAAUGGAUGGCUCUCAAGGGCAAUAAAUUUGUUUCAUGAAUUGCUGUCUAGUGAAAUAAAACCCGAUUCGAUCACUCUCAUUGGUGUGCUUCCUGUGUGUGCUCAACUAAAUGAUGUACGAGAGGGAAAGAAGAUCCAUGGUUACAUAUUGCGGCAUCUUUUGCUCUGCCAAGAAGCAUCCACAGGAAAUGCACUUAUUAGCUUCUACGGGAAGUGUGGCGAACUAGACAAUGCACUGAAGACUUUUAAGGGGAUUCCAGAGAGGGAUUUGAUAUCAUGGAAUGCAAUGCUUUCAGCUUAUGCUGAUAAUGAACAAUGGGAGAAAUUUGUGGACCUGUUGAAUCAAAUGAAUCUCAAAGGAAUUCAACCUGACCCCGUAACUACUUUAAGUGUGCUUCAGGUAAGUGCUUUCUAUGGCAUAAAAAAGGUUAGAGAAGCCCAUGCUUAUUCCCUUCGAGCUGGCUUCACAAGCCAAAUGACUGUUGGGAAUGCAAUACUUGAUGCAUAUGCAAAGUGUGGGAGCACUGAUGAUGCAUUCAGAAUGUUCAGGAGCUUGACAGGAAGGAAUGUGAUCACAGGCAAUACAAUGAUCUCUGGCUAUCUGAAGCAUGGUUGCCGGGAGGAUGCUGAGAUGAUCUUUGGCCAGAUGUGUGAGAGAGAUGUAACCACCUGGAAUUUGAUGAUCCAAGUUUAUGCUCAGAAUGAUUGCAUAGAUCGUGCUUUUGGUCUUUUUCAUGAGUUGCAGCACGAAAGAAUGAAGCCUGAUAAUGUUGGUAUGAUGAGCAUCCUUGCAGCUUGUGCACGUCUGGCUUCUGUUCACUUGGUAAGGCAGUGCCAUGGCUACAUAAUCCGUGCUUCUCUUGGAGACGAUCACCUGGAAGGAGCUCUCCUCGACUCGUAUGCAAAAUGUGGAAGCAUAAAUGAUGCUUACAAACUCUUUCGAACGAGCUAUCAGAAAGACCUAGUCACAUAUACUGCUAUGCUUGGUGGCUAUGCAAUGCAUGGUAUGGCACAAGAGGCACUUGGGGUGUACUCUCAGAUGGUUGAAUUGGAUAUAAAGCUAGAUCAUGUUAUCAUAACUUCCCUUCUUUCAGCCUGCAGUCAUGCUGGGCUGGUAGAUGAAGGGUGGAAGCUCUUCAAAUCCAUUAGUAAGAAUCAUGGCAUUGAACCCACGAUGGAGCACUAUGCCUGUAUGGUGGAUCUUCUUGCUCGAAGAGGGCGCUUCAGGGAAGCAUACGAUUUCAUUAAGGAUAUGCCCUGUGAAGCUAAUGGCAAUUUAUGGGGUACACUGCUUGGAGCCUGUAAGACUUACGGAGAGGUGGAAGUUGGGCGACUGGUUGCAGAUCAUUUGUUUGAUGUUGACACUGGGAAUAUUGGAAACUAUGUGGUAAUGUCAAACAUUUAUGCUGCAGAUGGGAGGUGGGAUGGUGUUGAGCAGGUCCGUAGACUAAUGAAGGCCAAGGAUCUGAAAAAGCCAGCCGGAUGUAGCUGGAUCGAGGUUGAGAGAAUGAGACAUGUGUUUGUGGCCGGUGAUCUUUCUCAUCCAUUGAGACUUAUUAUUCGCAGUACGUUGAGGACUUUGGAUCGACAAAUCAAAGACCCACUGGGUCAGAGUAAAUGAUGACGGCAAGUCCUUCUAAGCAAAUCAGCAGAUUUGCCUUCAGCAGAAGCCUCUACAUCAAUGGAAGAUUUUCGUAAGAGACCUUAUAAAGGGGCCUCUGAGCCAACAAAUGGCAUCAUAAAAUUUUUCUGACAGGGAUUAUAUCUGCAAACAUUCUCAAGAAAAAGCCUUCUAUUAUGCCAGCCCCAGAAAAAAUGACUUUACAGGAGCACAUGAUUACUAUGAUCUGUAGAUCGUCGAUGAGUUCCGCAAAAGUAACCAAAAGAUAGCUCAGUCAUAGGAGCAACCGAAGCUCCUAUGACUGCAGAACAUCUCGUCAUUUGUUAUGCAGUUUCAUAUGGUGAUAAUCUUCCAAGGUUGGAAGAUUAUGCCUGCAGAACAUCUCGUCAUUUGUUAUGCAGUUUCAUAUGGUGAUAGCCAAUCAAGAAACAGUUUCAGAGAAGGUUGUCUUUUGAUAUGGUGGUUCCUGAAAUAAACUCUGAAAUCCAAGCCAUCCACAGAAAAUGGGUAUGAUAUCUUGGUUGAAGCCAAACAUAAAUUUCAGAAAGGAAGUGGCUCAAACUACAACCAUACUUUCAGCGCAGUUCAAGACAGCUGAAGACAGUAAUGACAGAAGCACUAGGGGAAAGCUGAACUUUCAACAACCACAUGCAAGACAAUUUCAAACCCAUCCUCGCCAGCCAAAAUUGAAUUCACCCAGUGUAAGGUAGCUGAUUUUGAUGUGUCCGGAGAAGGAUAGUGCAAGGUGAUGGAACUAUUACUGUGAUACGUGGAACAAAUGUUUAAGAAAGCAAAACAUUUUUAGCCUGAAAUUUGAUGGCAAAGAAAUUUCAAACAUGUGAGGUAUGCUAUAGCAGAGGUGAUUAUUUUAAAGAAAGGGGGGCAAUUGACAUAGAAGAAUGUGGGUAUAGGAAAUUUCUUAAAGCUGACUUGGUGAACCUUCAAAUAUACAAAAUUUGAGGCAAUAUGAGCUUGGGGACAGCAGCAAAGACAAAGUAGCCGAUGUUUUUUCUUUUCUUUUUUACUUUUGAUACCUGAAUUCAUGCAAUCAAAUUAUAAAGGUUGUAAAAAAACGGGUGAUUGAGAAAAUAUGAACUCUAAAGCAGAUUGAUAUGUUACCA